AUGGCGCAGCAGCUUGAUCGCCGCGGCUCGGGCUCGGAACGCCUGGAAUUUCCAAAACAUAUUCCUGACCCAGACGGCCUCGCCAUCAUCCCCCCGUUAUCGACCAUCGCACCCGCCAUCUUCCGUCCUAUAAGCCAGGAUGAAACCUUGUGCGACGUCACUUCGACCACCAAGCUCGAGCUUUUACAAGCAGAGCUUGAAGGCCUUGAUACUCACACCACCAGCACCAACGAAAACUUCCUCGCGCUGUGCGUACGUGAGCGCGAGCGCAUCCUUCAAGAUGGACGGCGCUAUGAACUCCUCGACAAUAUAGAGGGUACAACUGCACCAGACAUCCCACGCGGCGUUGAGCCCGAACAACUGAACACCAUGAUCGCAAACAUGGAAGCCAAGCCAAAUUCGGAUAACUACCUGGACACGCUACAAAUCCCUAAACCAUCAUUUGAAGGGCCCAAUCGAACACUGCGCGAGUGCCAGGCCAACGCUAUGAUGAGUUUUGUAUUGCAUUCUGCCCAAAUGGCGGGAGCUCGUGAUGCAGAGUUGGCUGCAUAUCGGGCAAAUAUCGAAGCAGAAAUUAAGAAAGAACAACUCGGACAGGAACAGGCUCGCAGAGCCAACUAG